AUGUCCGAAGCAACUGAUUCAACAGCUGUCCUCGAGAAAUCGGAACAGCAAAGCAUACGACCACAGUUCGGCAAUCGGUUCCUCUCUGCCGACGAUGAUGUCUUCCAGCACAAUGCUUGGGACAAUGUAGAAUGGGACGAGGAGCAGGAGCAUGCCGCUCUGGAGGGCGUGAAGAAAAACUCAACCAUAAAGAUGUCGGAGGAGGAAGCGACUCGCUUGGAGGAGGAAGCCGAUCAGAACUGGGAUCGAUUCUAUGGCGUACAUCAGAAUCGGUUUUUCAAAGAUAGACACUGGUUGUUUACGGAGUUUCCUGAGCUAGCGCCCUAUAAACGUUCCAGCGAUGUUCCCGAACGCGUACUACCGGAUGGGGAAACUGUUCACAGUAGGGUUGCAGUAUCGGAUACAGAAGUCAAACAGCAACGAAGAACGAUAUUUGAGAUUGGUUGUGGAGUGGGAAAUACUGUGUUUCCGAUACUGAAGUAUAGCGACGAGGAGAAGCUGAUGGUUUACGCCAGUGAUUUCUCUCGCCAAGCGAUAGACAUUAUGUGCCAAAGUCCGGAGUACGAUACGAAACGAUGCCAAGCGUUUGUGCUGGAUGCAACGGCGGAGCGGUGGGAUGUUCCAUUUGAGGAAAAUAGUAUCGAUAUAGUUGUGCUGAUAUUUGUCCUAUCUGCAAUCGAUCCGGAACGCAUGCAACACGUGGUAAACCAAAUCGCUCGCUAUCUCAAACCCGGUGGCAUGGUGAUGUUACGCGAUUACGGGCGGUAUGACCUCGCCCAGCUACGAUUCAAACCGGGCAAAUGCCUGAAGGAAAACUUUUACGCCCGUGGCGAUGGGACGCUCGUUUACUUCUUCACGCAGGAAGACUUGAGAACGCUCUUCACGAAAGCGGGACUGAUCGAGCAACAAAACAUAGUCGACCGAAGGCUACAGGUAAAUCGGGGCAAGUUGAUAAAGAUGUACCGCGUUUGGGUGCAGGUCAAGUUCCGGAAACCUAAGGACGGCCCGGUGUAG